AUGUUCGACGACUCGGACGGGGCGUCAUCUGAAGAUGAUAACUUCAGUUCAUACAGUGAGUCUCAUUCAGAGGACGAAGAGUCACCGACGCUACCUCCCAAAAAGAUAUAUCAGAACUUCUCGAUGAGCGGGUCUAAAGAGGGUGAGGAGGUUCCUCUAAGGUUGGAGAUGUCGUCGAUGAAUCUUGCGGUAGGGCAACGGUACGAGAGUAAAGCCGAUUUGGAGAGACGACUGAAACUUCUUACAGUGAAGAAUCAAUUUGAUUACGAUGUAGUCAUGUCAAACCCAACAUUACUCAUUGCUAAGUGUUGGAUUGAUGGAUGUAUAUGGAGGGUUCAUGCUGCUACCCAAGGGGAAUCCCCGGCGUUCUAUGUUUGUAUUUACGAAUCGAAUCAUUCAUGUUCUUCAACUAAGCGUUCUGUUCGAUCUCGACAUGCAACACCAGCUAUUUUAGGAGAGUUGUACAGGAACUUUCUCGGCGACGUUGGUCCGGCUGUUCGCCCUACGAGUGUUGGAAUAGCUAUCACUAAGCAGUUUGGUUUAAAGAUGGAUUAUUGGAAAUCCCACCGGACGCUACAAUUUGCAAGGGAAAUCGAUCAGGGAACACCUGAGAGUGGGUUUGAACGCUUGCCUUCUUACUUAUACAAGAUAAUAAGGGAAAAUCUGAGUACAGUUGCGCGUCUUCAAAUCGAUGAGAAUGGAAAAUUCAUGUAUGUGUUUCUUGCGUUUGGUGCGAGCGUAAAUGGGUUUCCUUUCAUGCGCAAAGUUGUGGUUGUCAACGGUACAUUUCUUAAUGGUAGAUACAAAGGGACGCUUCUCACGGCACUAGCUCAGGAUGGUAACUUUCAGAUUUUUCCAGUAGCCUUCGCAGUGGUUGACACUGAAAAUGAUGAUUCCUGGCAUUGUUUUUUUACGCAACUAAAACUUUUGAUUCCUGACGACGAGGGUCUUGCGAUAAUCUCGGAUAUGCAUAACUCGAUUGGGAAAGCAAUUAAAAAUGUGUAUCCGUUUGCUUCUCGUGGAAUUUGCACGUACCAUCUAUAUAAGAAUAUACUGGAACGGUACAAAGGAAAAGAUGCAUUUCGUCUGGUGAAUAAAGCGGCGAGAUGCUUUAGGAUGUCUGACUUUACUCAGAUUUUCGAGGAGAUUGAAGCGAUUAAUCCAGCACUCCACGGCUACCUCCAAAAGGCUGAUGUCCGACUGUGGACCCGUGUUCAUUUCCCGGGCGAGAGAGCAUUGUCGAAUGCUAGAGGUCUUAACAUUGUUCGAAUAUUAGAAUCGAUACGGGUUAUGAUGACCAGAUGGUUUGCUGAAUGGAGAGAGGAUGCCAGAUCACAACGAACCAUGCUUACGCGUGGUGUGGAGAAACUACUACAUGGUCGUGUAACUGCCGCCAGAGAUUUGAUGGUACAGAGGAUUGAUGAUCAUCACACUGAAGUUAAAUAUGGAUCCUCCGGCGAGUCUUUGCAUGUUGUUAAUUUGGUAGAGCGAAAGUGCACAUGUCGCCGUUUCGAACUCGAGAAAUUACCAUGUGUACACGCAAUCGCAGCGGCGGAGCAUAGGAAAGUUUCUCGUAUAUCCCUGUUCAGUCCUUACUAUACCAGCAGUUAUUUGGUUAGCGCACACGCUGAAUCGGUCAUGCCGGUUGAUUCAGCGCAACCUGUUCCAGAUAUCGUGGCUAACCAACUCUGCUUGCCCCCGACUGUACGUCAACCACCAGGCAGACCGAAGAAAAAUAUGAUGAAAUCUGCUUUAGAGGUUGCGCUAUCAAACAAACGUCCUAGGAAAGAGCACACAUGUUCUCGAUGUAGACAGAGUGGUCAUAAUGCGAAAACUUGUCCGAUGUAA